AAAAGAGUUGAUAUGAUAAUCAGAAUUCAGAAACGUCAGAUUGAAAAGAAAAAACUUUGAGAAGUGAAAGAAGAGUGAAGGGAGGAUGUUGUUUCAAGUGGGAGGGCAAGGAAGCCGUCCCACCUUCUUCGAGAUGGCCGCUGCCCAGCAACUUCCUGCCAGUUUGCGUGCCGCGCUCACUUACUCUAUCGGCGUGUUGGCGUUAAGGAGACCGCUCUUCCACAAGGUUUUAGAUUUUGAAGAUGAAUUCUUUGGUCUGCUCAUGCUUGUUCUUGAAACUCAUAGCUUACGAACUACAGAUGCUUCUUUUUCUGAAUCGCUUUAUGGUUUGCGAAGGAGGUCAAUUAAAAUAAGAGCAGAGAAGGACGAUAGCCGUUCAAAGUCAGGAGAUGGAAUUCAUCACGUUGGAUUGGAAAAGCACCAAAGGGUUCUUUCAGUUGUAUUUUUGGUUGUUCUGCCAUAUUUCAAGUCCAAAUUGCAUGCAAUCUAUAACAAAGAAAGGGAAGCCAGGCUUCGAGCAAGUUUAUGGGGGCAAAAUGAUGAAACAAAUGAUGAUUCUGGCUAUUUCAAUGAAGGAGAGGGUUUUCCUGUUUCAAGUGAAACUUCAGUCACUGAAACAUCACUUAGAGCACGAUUAAAGAAAAAAAUUCAGAAAAUUUUGGCUGCUUGCUAUCCUUGGCUGCAUGCCAGCGGUGAAGGAUUAUCAUUCAGCUAUCAGCUCCUGUAUCUGUUGGAUGCAACUGGGUUCUAUUCCCUAGGAUUGCAUGCACUUGGGAUUCAUGUUUGUCGGGCCUCAGGACAGGAGCUGAUGGAUACGUCUUCUCGAAUUUCAAAGAUACGAAGUCGUGAGAGGGAGAGACUGCGGGGUCCGCCGUGGCUGAAGGCUGUACAAGGAGCAUUGCUUACGUGUACAUAUACAAUGCUUGACUAUGCGCAAACUGGUUUGAUUGCAGCGGUGUUUAUUUUCAAAAUGAUGGAAUGGUGGUAUCAAUCUGCUGAGGAGAGAAUGUCAGCUCCAACCAUCUAUCCUCCUCCUCCUCCACCACCACCGCCACAGGUUGCCAAAGAGGGGAUUCAACUGCCACAUGAUAGAACAAGCUGCCCUCUGUGCUCACAGAAGCGUGCAAACCCAUCUGUAGUUACAGUUUCUGGGUUUGUCUUCUGCUAUGCUUGCAUAUUCAAAUAUGUUUCUCAGUAUGAGCGGUGCCCAAUCACGUUGAUGCCAGCAACUGCUGACCACAUAAGAAGGCUCUUCCAUGACUUCUAAGAAAUCCGCAGGAGAAUAAAGCAUAAUCUGCCGGUUAAGAAUUCAUUGCACCAUUCAAAUGGGAAGGGAAAAAAAAAAUACUUGGAUGGGAGAACUUGCCAUUACACUAUUACAGGGUAGUCAUAGCCCCACACCAUUUUCCACAAGCCGUCGAAAGACAUUCUCUUGUUACACUUGUGGGAGCUAGAAGCAUAAUAAUAGGAUUGUUGUAGCUUACACAAACAUGGAAACAUCAUUGUUUUUAAUUAGUUGUGUGCGUAUGUGUAGUCAAAUGAUUUUCAGAGUACUUGCAUAUCAUUGCUCUUUAUAAAUCUCGAAAAAGCAUCACCUUUGGUGAAAGAGAUGGAUAGGCACUCUAUGCCACCCAUCGAAACACAGGUGAGAACAAAUUACAUCUGAAAGCAAGGUUUGC